AUGAAAAUAGUUUAAAUACUAAUUUUACUCACAAGUUUGUUAGUAAAUAUUCAAUAGACUAGACAAUAAUUUGUUAACACUUGCUUACAAGAUGAGAUUGACAUGAAUGAAAUAGUUCCUAAGGACUAUUUAGAAACAUUUGAUGAGAACUUUGGAAACAGGAAACUCUAGAGUUCUAAACCUUAACCUAUUAGGAUCACUCUUGAUUUUAAUGAACUUGAUAACUCUUAAAAUGGAGAUGGAAUGACACCUUAAAAAAAAGAAUACUUAAAGAAAAUUAUGUAUGCUGCUCAAACAUACCUGAAUAAACUUAUUAAAGUAUAUCCUAGACAAAAACCUAACACCUAUAAUUGGGGUGGUGAUAAAUGCUUAGAUGUUAAACUCCCUAACAAUAUAAAAACAGUUGGAAUAGAUAAAUCGGAUUUACAUAUCUUUGUUACCUAUUCAAAUGAACCAAAAGCUUUUUAUUUAGCAAAUGCAAUAUGGUGCUCUUUAGAUCCUAGACCUAAUAUUGGAAGAGUUAAAUUUAAUAUUGCUGGUAUGGAUUUUGAUGAAUCAUCAACUUAGUCUUUUUAAGAUAAUUUCUCAACUUCUUUACAUGAAAUUCUCCACAUUUUAGGUUUUUCAGGUAGCAGUGUUUUUUUUUGGAUUGAUCCUGAUACAGAUAAACCAUAUGGAAAUAAGAAUGUAUUUAAAAUUAUGAAAUAAGAAAGAAGAUGGGAAGUAGACAAUGUUAUUAAAUUAUUCUCUAAAAAUAUUUUGAAAGUAUCUAGAAAUCACUACAAAUGUCCAUCUAUUGAAGGUAUGUAUCUUGAAAAUUAAGGUGGUGGUGGCUCUAUGGGUUCUCAUUGGGAAAGGGAUUUACUUGGAAAUGAAUUUAUGACAGGUAGUAUUGUUUAUGGUGUCUACACUAUAUCUAAAUUUACAGCUGCUCUUCUCUUAGAUACUGGUUAUUAUGCUGAAAUUAAUUCUAACCUUCUUAUGCCUAUUUAUUGGGGUAAAAAUAAGGGAUGUGAUUUUUUCAAUAAAACUUGUAAUACUGGAAAAUAUUUCCCUGAGUUCCCAGAUGACAGUGUAAAAGAAUCUUGUGAUUUCUUUUCUUUAGGUAUUGGUGGUCUACAUAAUUAUGAUUACUUCUCUUAAUGUAAAACUAUUUAUUCAUACUCAAAUGCUUAUUGCGAAUCUGAUUAGUUUAAACCUGAUGAAAGAUUGAGAUAAAAUACUGGUACCGGAUCAAGAUGCUUUAGAUCUAAUGCUAAUGUCAAAGGAAAUGAAGUUUUAGAUAUGAAUGGUAGAUGCUUUAAGGCUUAAUGUGCAGAUGAUCUAUCUUCCAUUAAAGUUAAUGUAUGGGGUGAUGAAUACGUUACUUGCAAAUACCCCAAUUAAGUCAUUAACUUAGCUGAUCAAACUAAAACAACUCAAGGUACUAUGAAAUGUCCUCAUGAUUUUGAUUUGUUUUGUAAUUUCCCUAAGUCAUGCCCCAAUAACUGCUCUAACAAUGGUGUCUGUAAUAAUGGUUAUUGUGUAUGUCUCAAAGGAUAUGGUGGUGCUGAUUGCUCUAAAAGAUGUGGUGAAGGUUAAGUUUGGGAUGGUUCUCGUUGUGUUUAUAACUGCCCCUCUGGAUAAUUCAAAAACUUUGAUAACACUUGCAAGCCCACUUGCCCAUACAAAUAAUAUAGAGAUAAAGCGACUGGUAGUUGUGUUCUCUGCUAUGAUAACUGUUCAGCAUGCUUUGGCCCUUCAUACAAUCAAUGUUUAUCUUGUAAUGAUAGAUAUUCGCUUUAAGGAAACUAAUGUGUUGAUACUACCUGCCACUCUAGCUGCCAAUCAUGCUCUGGUCCAAAUUCAAAUCAAUGUACUUCUUGCCCUGCUGGCUAGUAUUUGGACUCUAGAAAAACUUGCCAGCCAUGCUAAUAUCCUUGUGAAAAUUGUUUCAACUCAGCUACAGAGUGUACAACUUGUGGAUAAGGAUAUGAAAUGGAUAAAUUUAUUGGUAAAUGUGUAUCUAUGAAUACAUGCGAUAGCUCUUGUCUUGAAUGCUCAACUUUUAGAGAUCCCACUAAAUGCACUUCUUGUAGAGAUGGUUAAUUCCUAAAUAAAAAAGGUAGAUGUUAAAAAUGUGACGAAUCUUGUGCUACAUGUGCUGAAAGAGAAAAUAAAUGCAUAAAAUGUGCUGACGGAUGGGAAUAUGAUGAAUAUAAAAAAAGAUGUCGUAUGGAUUGCCAUGAAAGUUGUGAUACAUGUACAGCUCGUUAAAAUCCGAUAGCUUGCAAAACGUGUGCACAUAAUUACGUUAUGUAGAAUAAUCUAUGUAUACCUUGCGAUAAAAGUUGUUAUGGAUGUACAGAAAAUCCUAAAAAAUGUACUAAUUGUAAUAGAAAGUAUAAACUAGAUUCAAAUUAUCAAACUUGUGUCCCCAUUUGUAAUUCUGACGAAUUCCAAGAUGGAAAUGGAAACUGUUAAAAAUGUGCAUCUCCUUGCGCCACAUGCGAAUAUUAUAAUUACUAUUGUAAUAGUUGUAUAGCUGGUUAUACUUAUGAAGCCUAAUAUAAAUCUUGUUAGCCUGUUACAAAUAAAUGUCAUGAAAGUUGUGGACAAUGUAAUAGAUAUGAUGACCAUAGUGCAUGUACAUCUUGUAGGGAUGGAAUGUUCUUGUUAUCUGGAAGAUGUCGAUACUGCAGUAAUAAAUGCAAAACUUGUGAUAGAGAUGCUAAUAUUUGUACAUCUUGCAGAAGGUAUGAGUUCUUAUAAAAUAGAGAAUGUAUGAAAUGUCAUAGUUCUUGUUUGACUUGUGAUGGAAUUUCAACAAACUGUACUUCUUGUCAAAAUGGAUUCUCAAAAGACCCAAAGACAGGUCUUUGUGUAGACAGUACACUUGUUUGCAAAACAGAUGAAUACAUGGAUAGAAAUUAUAAAUGUUAGAAAUGUAGUUCACCUUGUGCUUCUUGUUUCUACUAUCAUAACAGAUGUUCUAGCUGUAUUUCUGGUUAUAAAUUGAACACUCAAAUAUACUAAUGUGAAUAUGAUUAUCCUAUAUGCCAAGAUGGAUAGUUCUUAGAUUAGGAUAAUAAAUGUAAGCCUUGUGAUUCCUCUUGUGCUACUUGUGAUUAAACAAGUAAAAGAUGUACAAGUUGUAAAUAUGGUUUUGUUCUGUCAAGAUACACUUGCUAAGCAGCUAAUUGCUAAGAUGGAACCUUCAUGAACUAAUAAGGAAGAUGCUAAAGAUGUAGUGAGUCUUGCUCUAAGUGUGUAAACUAUUCAGAUAACUGUACUGAAUGUGCUAGUGGAUAUACUUUAGAUACAGGAACUUAAAGAUGCAUUAAAAACUAAAAUAAUUAGUAAUGUCAUCCCUCUUGUAAAGAAUGCAACUAACCUAAUAAUGUUUCUGCCUGCAAAUCCUGUAAUGAUGGACAAUAUUUAAAUAGAGGUUAGUGUCUUUAAUGUAAUAGCUCUUGUUUAACAUGUGACAGGUAUUCAGAUUUUUGUACUUCUUGUUAGCAAGGUUAUAAUCUAGAUAGCACCUACGGUUAAUGUACUCCUGAUUGCAAAAAAAGUGAAUAUUUAGACUACUAAGAUAACAAAUGCAAGCCUUGCACAUCUAAUUGUGGAAGUUGCGAAUACUACCCGGAUAGAUGUCUUAGCUGUAUUUCAGGAUUUAAGUAUAAUAAAGAAGGAUAUAGCUGUGAAAAAGUUUGCUAGCCUGGAUAAUAUGUUGAUAGAGAUUAGACAUGCAAACCUUGCUCAUCUCCAUGUACAACUUGCGAAUAUUAUGACAACAGAUGUUUGAGUUGUGUUUCAGGUUAUACUUACAAUAACUACUAUUGCUAAUAGAAUUCAAAGUAAAGUGCAAGAGGUUGUCACGAAUCUUGUAAUACCUGUACAAAAGCUAUGGAUCCUCGCUCAUGUGAUUCCUGUAGAGAAGGAUAUGAAUUAAUAAAUGGGGCUUGCCUAAGAAAGAGAGGCAACUAUUCUGGCCCUAAAAAUUGA